UCCCGCACGAGAGCCGCGACUGUCUGCGCAAGCGUGGGAGCUGAGACAAAAUUCCUACCUUGUCCCGGGUGUCCCGGACGGGCGCCCGCAGUGUGACUGUUGCAGCUCCAGUGUGUGCCUUGAGGUAAUGAGGAGGUUUUUGUUACUCUAUGCUACACAGCGAGGACAGGCAAAGGCCAUCGCCGAAGUAAUAUAUGAAAAAGCAGUUGAACAUGGAUUUGCUGCAGAUCUUCACUGUAUUAGUGAGUCAGAUAAGUAUGACCUAAAAACGGAAACAGCGCCUCUUGUUAUUGUGGUCUCUACCACGGGCACCGGAGAACCGCCUGACACAGCCCGCAAGUUCGUCAAGGACAUACAGGACAAGACGCUGCCAGUUGAUGUCUUUGCUCACUUGUGGUAUGGACUCCUGGGUCUGGGUGAUUCAGAAUACACGUACUUCUGUAAUGGGGGGAAAAUAAUUGAUAAGCGACUUCAGGAGCUUGGUGCUCAGCGUUUCUACAACACUGGACAUGCAGAUGACUGCGUGGGUUUAGAACAAGUGGUUGAGCCAUGGAUUGACGGACUCUGGGCUGCCCUCACGAAGCAUUUCAUGUUCAGUAGAGGAAAGGAGAUGAACGGAGCUCUCAAAACAGCAUCCCACGCCGCCUUGACAAGGGAGCCUGUGCAACCAGGACUAUUACACAUUGAAUCACAAGUUGAACUUCUGAGAUUAGAUGAUUCAGGACGAAAGGAUUCUCAGGUUUGGGAACAAAAUGCAGUGAACAGAGGUCAGUCAAGUGCUCUGAGUGCAGAGCCGUCACUUGCCCGUUCCAUAGCCCCGCUUUCACAAGCCUCUCUGAAUAUCCCUGCUCCACCACCGGAAUAUUUACAGGUGGAUCUGCAGGAGUCUCGCAGCCAGGAAGAAAACCAAGCAUCUGUGACUUCAGCGGAUCCAGUUUUUCAAGUUCCAAUUUCAAAGGCAGUUCAGCUGACUACAAAUGAUGCCGUAAAAACCACUCUUCUGGUAGAAUUGGACAUUUCAAAAACAGAUUUUUCCUAUCAGCCUGGAGAUGCCUUCAAUGUGAUCUGUCCCAACAGUGAGUCUGAGGUACAGAACCUGCUCCAAAGACUGCACCUUGUGGACAGAGGCAAGCACUGUGUCCUCCUGGAAGUCAGGGCAGACACAAAGAAGAAAGGAGCAGCUUUGCCCCAGCAUAUACCUGAAGGAUGCUCUCUCCAAUUCAUCCUUACCUGGUGCCUUGAAAUACGAGCAGUUCCUAAAAAGGCAUUUGUGCGAGCCCUGGCGGACUACACCGGCGAUGGCACGGAGAAGCGCAGGCUGCAGGAGCUGUGCAGCAGGCAGGGGGCUGCCGACUACAACUGCUUUGUACGUGAUGCCUGUGCCAGCGUGUCAGACCUCCUUUGCGCCUUUCCGUCCUGCCAGCCCCCACUCAGCCUGCUGCUUGAACAUCUUCCCAAGCUCCAACCCAGACCAUACUCAUGUGCAAGCUCAGCUCUGUUUCACCCAGGGAAGCUCCACUUCGUCUUUAACAUCGUGGAGUUCCUGUCCACAGCGGAGGUUCUGCAGAGAGGUGUGUGCACAGGCUGGCUGGCCACGUUGGUUGCAUCAGUCCUUCAGCCAAACAUGCAUGCAUCCCAUGCAGAUGGCAGGAAAGCCCUGGCUCCUGAGAUAUCCAUCUCACCUCGAACAACAAAUUCUUUCCACUUACCAAAUGACCCCACAGUCCCCAUCAUAAUGGUGGGCCCAGGGACUGGCAUAGCGCCCUUCAUUGGUUUCCUACAACACAGAGAGAAACUCCGUGAACAAUCCCCAGGUGGACACUUUGGAGAGACAUGGUUGUUUUUUGGCUGCAGACACAAGGAUAGGGAUUAUUUAUUCAGAGAAGAGCUCAGACAUUUCCAUAAGCGUGGAAUCCUAACUCACUUGAAGGUCUCCUUCUCAAGAGAUGCUCCUGUGGGGGAGGAGGAAGCCCCAGCAAAGUAUGUGCAGGACAGCAUUGAGCACCACAGCACACAGGUCACAAGGGUCCUUCUUCAUGAGAACGGCUGUAUCUACAUGUGUGGAGAUGCUAAGAAUAUGGCCAAGGAUGUAAAUGAUGCCCUUGUGAGAAUUAUAAGCAAAGAGGUUGGUGUUGACAGAUUAGAAGCAAUGAAAACAUUGGCUACGUUAAAAGAAGAAAAACGGUAUCUCCAGGAUAUUUGGUCAUAAAGCCAGAAAAUAAAGGAAGAGAAUGAAGCUUUCUUGGCUCAAGUACUGAAACACAGUUUCACCUAGUUAAGACUUCAGUUUUUCAAAUUAAAAAAAAUUUUUUUUAACACUUCUUAGAGGAAGUCGGAAGAAAGUGGGUCAUUUAUCACCACAGCAAACAUAGAUUUGGUUUCCAUAUCUGCGCUGCCCCUCCCCAGACCUCCUGAUCUGGGGGGCAGCCUCACUGCUCCACCGGCACCCCGCCCCUUGGCCGCCUUCACAUGUCAGGGAGCUUCACGGAUACCUCAGCCUGUUCACAGGGAAUCUGUCUACUUGCCAUAGAUCGGCUCCCCUGAGAGACUUGUGCUUGCCCUGUGGGGUAUGGGCAGGAGCCUCUGCCAGGUAGUUACAAGAACUUGUAAACUUAUGUUACUAGUUUUUAAACUAAUGUAAAAUAAUUUAUCUUUUUUAUGACAGAUACCAUAAGGAAUAGUCUUGUUAACAUACUAAAGUGCAUGUAUGGCACAUCCCACUACAGGUGUAUGUGUACAGAUGCUCCCUGACCUAUGAUGGCUCCACUUGGAGAAUUUUGACUUGACAUGAUGUGAAAGUGAUGUGCGUUCAGUAGGCACUGUACUUAAAUUUUGAAUUUUGAUCUUUUCCCAACGAGUAACAUACAGUGUGAUAAUCAUGCUGCUGGGCAGCGUCAGCAAGCCGGGGGGUCCUGAGGGUCAACGACCGAUACACUGACUACCAUCUGUCAGUGCAGCCAUUUAGUUUUCACUUUCACUACGGUAUUCAGUAAAUUCCAUGAGCUAGUCAACAUUUUACUGGAAAAGAGGCUUUACUAUAUGAUUUUGCCCAGCUGCAGGUUAAUUUAAGUUAUGAGCAUGAUUAAGGUGAGGCUAAGCUCUGGUUUGGCAGAUGCAUCAAAUGCAUUUCCAACUAUAUUUUCAUCUUCUGAGUUUUUCAGGAUGUAUUGCCAUUGUAAGUCAGGGAAGAUCUGUAUAGCUUUAUCAAGUGAUUAUUUAUUACCAAAACUGUAUUUCUGCUAAAAAAAAAACAUUUCAAGGUAAUGCUUAUAUGGAUUUAAAAAAAAUUAUGCUGGAAAUGUGAAAUAUAUUUUGAAAUUCCAUCCCAGUAUAUGACUUAUUACCACACAUCUUUUUAAUAAUCAUGAUUCUAGAAUUUAGGGAGAUUUGCAUUCAAUUAUACAGAUGAAAGCAAAUACAUAUUUUGGUAUAGCUGCAACCUUUUUUUCCCUCCCCACCACCAAACUUUUCAUUUCUGUUCCUUUGGUGAUAUUUUCAAUUUUGUAUGUAUUUUAUCUUACCUCCAUAAUACCACUCAAGCUGUAUCCUAGGCUUAAAAUACCUACUUAAUAUCCUUAUUUUUAAAAUUUGUCCUAUGGUCUGCAUAUUUAUGUCCCUCAAAGUUCAUAUGUUCAAAUACUAACCCCUAAAGUGACAGUAUCAGGAGGUGGGCCUUUAGGAAGUGCUCAAGUCAUGAAGGUGGAGACCUCAGGAAUGAGAUCAGUGCCUUAUACUUACGUGAAAAAGACCCCACAGAGCUCCUCGGCUCUUGCCUGUGAGGACACCGGCAGGAGUCCGCAGUCUGCAGCUACAGAAGGGCUCCCACCACAACCUGACCUCACCGGCAUCCUGGUCGUGGACUUGCAGCUUCCAGAACUGUGAGGAGUGAAUUUUUGUUGUAUAAGCCACCAGUGUCUGUAUUUUGUUUGCACAGCCCAAACAGACUAAGACAAUUUCCAGCGACAAGUUCUCUUCCACACUUUAUUUCCUAUUUUGACAAACUUUUAAAGGGGUUUAAUUUUUCUCCUAGGCUAUGUUGGCUUUUUUAAUUCAAGAGAUUGGCAUUUAAAAAAAUCUCAACCUGUCAAAGGCUUUCUUUCUGGUCAUUAAAAAAAUUAAGAUCUGAAGGAAAUAUAAUCUAAAGAUCAGGCUUUAUGGCUAUUUAUUACAUUCUCUAAUUUCAUUACACAGUAGGAACAAAUCUAAAAGAGGCAUAAGAAAAUAUGUCAGGCAAAUGCUCAGUUAAUAUAUAAUUACAUGGAUAUUUUGUAUAUAUCAACCAAAAUAGACUUAAGGUAAAAACAUUAAAAGGGACAGAGAACAGUAUUCUUCCUUGUUAACUUUAACUAGAAGAUAUAAUAAUCAACUGUGUCCACCUGUCAAUACUGUCUGUAUAAAUACGUGCCCCAAAACUGAUCGAUGAAGAGAAACUGGCUUGUCUUCAAUCAUAGUGGGUACUGGCUCCUGACCUGAUCCAUAUGUUUGUGCACACAGUACGUGAGUGUUAACCAGCUGCUCCCUCAGUCUUGCCUGCAUGUGAUAGUGGAAAUAGAUUGCAGCCCAAAUGUUAACAACACAGAUUUAUUAAACAGUGUAUCAGCAGUCAGGCACAAGACAAUGCCUACAGCCUGUUCUGUAAACUCUGGAAGCUCCUGCGCUGUCUUUCCAGGUAGCCCCGUGGAAUGUUGCAUAAAGAGUGUAUUCAAAGCAUUCAUGUGGAUUCCAGGGGCAGGAUUUUGUUCCUCUUACCACCAUGUGCUGCCCUCCUACCAAGCGGCUGCAUGCAGUGUGAUUUUAGGGUUUAGCCUCAGGCACUACCCCAAGGGCCUUGCUGGAUAAAGCCUUUGACUUUGUUCCUGUGGGGGUGGGUAGUAGGGUAGUAUCUCUGAAUUAUUUUAUCCAAACUUCCUAUUUUGAUUACCACUAGUUUUAACUUCAGUUAUUCUAACAAGCCACUGUUGGAUGCAUUAUGUUAGUAGCAUAGUGUUGAACAGUGAAGACAUUAACAGAAGAGCUUGGGCUAGCUGUCUGCAACAAGGUGUUCUCAUUAGAAUGCUAACUGAACCCAGAAAAUUCUUUCUGUUGAUGCACCUAUGUAUCUGUGCAGAAGUAUUCUAAACUGAAUUACACCAUUAUAGUGAUACACUAGUCUGUUUACUAUCAGAAAAUAAAGUAUGAGAAUUUGACCCUCACAAGUAGACCAGGUAUCUGUGCUGCAUCCAAGAAACUGGGCACCACAUUGGUUCCAAAAAUAUUUGAAACAUAUUUUCAAAUUGAUCACGAAGUAGGCUAUAAAGGAAAACAAAUUGCAUUAAAAUAAGGCAUUGUUCUCAGACCCUAAUAGAAUUUAAAAGUAACCCACAGAGGCUAUAAUGAAUUUUAAAUAUGUGCAAAUGGCAUAAGGAAGGAAACAGAUGGAUUACAGAGUAUUUAGGAUUGGUUUCUUUUAAAGUACUAACUGUACACAUGGGAUCCAGCCAGAACAAUACCUAGAAGGAAAUUUUGCUCAUCCAUUUCACAGGUACCUGUCUAUUCUGCCAGGUACUGUUCAAUGUUCUGUGGAUACAGCAGUGAGCAAAAUAGAUAAAACCCCUCUGUUCUCUGGGAGCUUAGAUUCUUACAUUGAGGAGAGACAUGAGCUAAUAAGUAAAUACCAAUUAUAUGGUGUCUGAGAAGGUGAUACAGGCUGUAGAGAAAGACAAACCAAGCAUAAGGGGAUUUGCUGUGCAGUGUUGGAGGGGAUAGGCAAUCUCAGAGUAGUCUGGGAAAGCCUCACCGAGAAGGGGAAGACUUGAACAAGACAAUGGAGACUGCUGUUGAGGACAUUUUCAGGCAGAGAGGACAGUCAGCACAAAGGGCCUGGGGUAGGGCAGUGGUAGGUGAGAGGAACAGGAAAGAAUUUGGGAGGUCUGAUGACACAUUGCCUCAAGGCUACUGUGGAUUUCGACCUACUUGAGUGAGUAGAAAGGCAUUUGUAGAGUAAUAUGAACAGUUUACAUUCUCUGGCUGUUGUGGCUGGGGCUGAAUUGAAGGGGCCUAAGAUUGAAGCAGCAAAACCACUUAGCUCACCAUACAAAGGUCAGAUCAUCACAUUAGACUCACACAAGUCAGCAAUCUUAACCAAUUCUAAUGUUAAAUGAUAUCAAGGGUGCAGCGUGGAGAAGUCAAGGACUGCCCAUACUACCCCAGGUUCUCCUAGUUGCAUUAGGCUCUCUGACACAUUUAACAUAAUGCAUGUGUUGCAAGUGGGGUAUCUUACACAAAAGGAGUUGUUUUGGUCAUGGAAUGGCCCCAUUUUAUAUGCCCAAAAUUACACAGCCAGUGUAACAUUUUCUAGAAAGCCAAGCCCAUAAAUCCGUGCAUUCUAGGUUUAUUUAUAGUGACCACUCUAGACACAUCAAGAACAUCCUGCCCAAAGAAUUCAGAAAUUAUAUUAAAUAUAAUUAAUCCAAGUAAAAGUUUAUUAUACAAACCCACCCAUAUGUUUAAACAUUUGGUUUGUAAAUUUGGAAAAGGACAUACCAUGCAAACAGAAAGCAAAUGUAGUUAAAUUAAUAUUUAAAGGAGAGACCUAAAGCAAGAAAUAAGUUGUUUUCAUAGUGAUGAGAGUCAGCUGAUGAAGAAGACAUGAAAGUCCUAAUUAUACAUGUACUUAAUAAAGCUUCAAAAUAUGUAAAGCAAAAAUCUUAAGCCAAAUCCCAAAUCAGAAUUUUUAAGAGUUUGACUCUUAAAAAGCAAGCAGACAAAAUAAUAAGCAUUUAAGCAAUUUUAAACUACUAAUUAACAUCAUUAAAGGAACCUAGUUGUCAUAUAUAGAACACUGACACUAAUAACUUCAGAAUAGAACUUCUAGUUUAAAUUGAAUAUUUAACAAUAAUUUUCAAAAAGAUAAAAACCAUACCAUAGGUUUUCUGAGAAUUAAACCAAAGUCAAUAACUAAAACUAGAAUAAUUCCUAAAUAUUUGGAAAACUAGCAAUAAACAAAAUAACCCAUGUCAAAAUCACAUGUCAAAUUAGAAAAUAUUUUUAUGAAGAAAAAAACAUGCCAAAAUUUGUAAUAUGCAGUCAAUCAGGGCUCUGAGGGAAAAUUUAUGGGUCUGAAUUCUUACAAAAUAAAAGCUUCAAAGGCAAUGACCUAAGCUCCAAUACUGGGGAGUUAAGAAAGGACCAGUAAAUUAAACUCGAAGAAUAUGGACAAGUAAAGUUGAGAAAGCAAUUCAGUGAAGUAGAAAAUAAUAUACAAUAGAGAAAACCAGGAAAGCAAAAACUAAUUGUUCAAGGUUUUUCUAGUUUUAUUGUGGUAUAAUCAAAUAAAACUGGACAUAUUUAAAUGUACAAAGUGAUGAUUUGAUAUACGCAUACUUUGUGAAGUGAUUACCACAAGCUAAUUAACACAAAUACCACCUCACAGUUCACUUGUGAGUGUGUGUGCACAUGCAUGCUGCCUGAGAUUUACUCUCAGUGAAUUUCAAGUAUAUAAUACCAUAUUAAUGAUAAUCACCAUGCUCAACAUUAGAUCCCCAGAACUUAUGUAUCAUCUAAGUGAAGGCUUGUAUCUUAACCAGCAUCUCCCCAUUUCUCCCACCCCUCCAGUCCCUGAUAAUCACCUUUCUACUCUAUUUCUGUGAGACUUUUUUUUAAGAUCCACAUAUAAGUGAGAUCAUACAGAAUUUGUCUCUGUUGGGCUUAUUCAUUUAGCAUAAUGUCCUUUAUGUUCAUCCAUAUUGUUGCAAAUGGCAGGAUUUCCUUCUUUCUCUAGGCAGGAUAAUACUCCAUUUUAUGUAUUGUUAAAAAUAAACUGAAUCUUAUUACAAAUUUAAAGCAAAAGUCAAUUCAAAUCAGGCAGCACCAGACCAGAAGUUUUUAGGAGCACUCCGCCUAUAGGAGCUAGGGCAAAAACUUUCAUAGAGAAGGUAGGGAAGCAAAGCAAGGACAUUAUUUGAUUGGCUGUGGCUUAAGUGGUUGCAUUUUUUGAGAAAGCCUAAUAAUUAGCCAUGUGAUUGGUUGUCUGUAGGUUUUGAUUUCUUAAACUUGAAGGAUUACAGGCUAGGUUUUGGUUUGCUUACAUAGACUAGUGAGGCAUUAAAGCCAUACCAGCCUAAUGGCUUCCUUGCUUAAUUCAGUAUAUACCACAUCUUUAUCCAUUCAUCCACUGAUGGACACUUAGACCUUGGCUGUUAUGAAUAAUGCUGUAAUGAACUGGGAGUGCAGGUGUCUCUUCAGUAUAGUGAUUUCAUUUUCUUCAGAUAUAUACCUAGAAGUGAGAUUGCUGGAUCAUAUCAUAGUUCUAUUUUUAUUUUUUUUGAAGAACCUCCAUACUGUCUUCAUAGUGGCUGCACUAAUUUACGUUUCCAGCAACAGAGCACAAGGGUUCCCUUUCUCCACAUCCUCCCUUGUUAUCUUGUCUCUUUGAUAAAAGUGCUGAUGAUUAGUGCUUUUGAGCACCUUCUCAUGUUUUCUUUAGAAAAAUGACUAUUCAGGUCCCUCACCCAUUUUAAAAUCAGAUUACUUGUGGUUUUUGCUUUGUUUUUUUUUACAAUUGAGUUGAAUGGGCUCCUUUUAUGUUUUGGAUAUGAACUCCUUAUCAGAUACAUGGUUUGCAAAUAUUCUUUCCCAUACCAUAAACUGCUGUUUUCAUUUUGUUGCUUUCCUUUGCUGUGCAGAGCAUUUUGGGUUUGAUGUGGUCCCACUUUUGCUUUUGUUGCCUGUGCUUUUGGUUUCAUAUCCGAAAGAAUCAUUACCAAGAACACUGCCAAGGAGCUUUUUCCCUAUGUGUUCUUCUAGGAGUUUUAUGGUUUCUGGUUUUACAUUUAAGUCUUCAAUUCAUUUAGAGUUAAUUUUUGUGAAUGGUAAAAGACAGGUACCUAGUUUCAUUGUUCUGCAUGUGAAUAUCCAGUUUCCCCAUAACCAUUUAUUGAAGAGAUUAUCUUUUCCCUGUUGUGUGUUCUUCAGUUAAAGAUUACUUGACUAUAUAUGUGAAGGUUUAUUUUGGGGCUUUCAGUUCUGUUCCAUUGCUCUAUGUGUCUGUUUUUAUACUGGUACCAUACUGUUUUGAUAACUAGCUUUGUAAUAUAGCUUGUAUAGCUUGAAAUCUGAAGUGUGAUAUCUCCAAUUUUGUUCUUUUCAAGGUUGCUUUGGCUAUUUGGGAUCUUUUGUGGUUCCAUACAGAUUUUGGGAUUAUUUUUUCAAUUUCUGUGAAAAAUGCCAGUGGAAUUUUGAUGGAGAUUUCACUGAACCUGUAGGUCAUUUUAGGUUGUGUGGACAUUUUAACAAUAUUAAUUCUUCCAAUCCAUGAACAUGGAGUAUUUUUCCAUCGAUUUGUGUCUCAGUUUCUUUCAUCAGUGUCUUACAGUUUUGCCAAAUUGAACAUCUUUUUAUCAUAAAAACUCUGAACAAAUUGGAUAUAGAAGGAAUGCACCUCAAUAUAAUAAGAAAAUACCCACAUAUUUGGUGUCAGUAGUGUUGUAUGUAAAAACAGUGUGGUUACCAGGCCUGGAUUGAGAUACUUAUGAACAAGUUAUGUUUACAUAGGAAAAAUUAAAGGAUAUUGUGUUUCUUUACCCAGACCAGAUUGUGACUAUGAAUUUAAAACUUGAAACAUGAAAAAGAAGCGGUAACUUUUAAUGAGUCUUAAACUGGGGGACCUCCUGCUCCCAAGUACAUUGCUCAACUAUUCUUUGACCUCAGAUUCCCCGCUGGCAACAUGGCGAUCUCCAGCCACCUGGGACUUCUAAGGUGUACAUCUUUCUUAGUCAGUGCAGGACCCUAUUUCUUUACUCCAUGGAUUUAUUUCACUGGACAUGACUUGGCUUUUAUUGAAUUUUUCUAAAAUGUAAUUGCUGAGUAGAUUAUACUUCAGUUUCACCUUUAAUCAGCUAAACUGGUAAAAUGAAAUAUUGGAAAGGACAUGCAUGUUAGUAAAUUUAAACUAAAUUCUUCGAUCACUGUACUUCUUGUACUUUAAUGUUAUUUGGUCUGGAAUUGUGUUUUGACAUGACUGGGGACUUAAUGUUUUACCAUUUAUCUGUUUUUUGAUUACAGUACUUAUUUAUUCUGAUUUACACAGACUUUAUAAUAAAGAUUAUCUUUUUUUGUGU